AAAGGCGCCUCUUUCUACACCUCAUCGUAUCGAAUUAUCUUAUCAGACAGUGCCUGAUAAGGCUCGCUAUCUGCCGACCAAGUCGACUCUCUGGCCGCAGUUGCACCCCUGAAAGCCCCCCGUGAGCAUGUCCACAGCCAACUGGUUCGACGCAGAUGCCUCUGCUGCGCCCUCGGAUGCCGCCCCGGAGCGCCCCUGGCAGGCCACCAAGAACAGCAUCCGUGACCGGAAUGCCCACUUGCUGGCCAGCGAGCUCAUGUCGGACGUCGCAUUCGUGGUGGGACAGUCAAAGGUGAAAAUUCCGGCGCAUCGACACGUCCUGGCCACGACCAGCGCCUCCUUCUACGAGGCCCUCUACGAGCGCCCCAAUCCGCCGCCAGAGAUCGAGGUCAGCGAUGUGGAGGAAGUCCACUUGCGCAGCCUUCUUCGCUACAUGUACUGCGAUGAUCUCGACAUCACGUCUGAGAAUUGCUUCGAACUCUUGCGCUUGGCUCUGCGCUUCGGCAUUCGCCACAUGGAAUUGCUCGUGGUGGAUUUCAUUGAGCAGAGUCUCUGCACGGAGAAUGUACUGGAAGUCUUCCAGCAAUCCACAUCCAUGGGCUGUCAAUCGCUCCGCGAGAAGUGUUACCGCAUCAUCGAGUGGACAAUCCGGGAGAUUCUACAAUCUGACAAAUUCGUCAACACCUCGCGAGAGAUUCUCGGGCUGAUUCUGCAAAUGCCGCGUCUCAAUUGCCGAGAGGUUGACAUCUACCGGGCAGUGAUGCUCUGGGUCGAGCAUCAGUGCCUGGUGCGGGAUUUGCCCACUGACGGAGAGUCACGCAGAGAAUGGUUGGGCCUGGAUUUGCUCCACCUCAUUCGAUUUCCUACAAUGAGCGCCGAAGAGUUCUCUGAGUGUGCAACAAUCGAUGGCUUCCUCACGGCUGAUGAGAUCUCGAGGAUCUUCCUCGUGAUCAUGGACAAAUUCAGCGGAGCCAUUGAGUUCUCACACAUGCCCAGAUCCUCAGUGAUCUCCUUCGAGACAUCUCGCAGCAUUGUCAUCCUCAAUCGCUUCAUGAAGUGGUCGCGAGGCUUCAAUCGUACCAUCAGCUAUGAUCAUCACAGCGUCCUCAUGAGCGUCACGAAGCCCACGAUCGUCGCGGGCUUCGGAUUGCUUCUCGAUCAGAGCGACGUGUGUCUGGACGGAGCUGUUCUGUCCUUCGCGAAACGCGACCUGGAGUUGGACAAGCUGGAGGACGGUAGUCACAUCAACAGGAUCGCCAUGAAAGACAACUUCUACAUGGUUCACGUGCUGCUGCAGCAGCCAGUCUUGCUGGAGACACACGAAAUGUAUCUCGUGAAGCUCAUGAAUCCCACCAAUGGCUUCCAGACCAUCUCUGGCGAGGUGAGAGAGAAGAUUGCCUUCGGCAAUGCCAGCAUCACCUUUAAGAAGCCCACAAAGAGUCCCUACGUCAACGCCAUCGCGGAGAUCCUUAUUCUCAGCUAA